ACGCGUUUUAGCGCGAAACAAGAGAGACAAGAGAGCAAAACUGAAGGCAGAUUCUUUCGGGUUCGGCAUAUGAGAAGUAUUUGUAGUUCUUCCGAUAAAAAAGGGGAAUCAAAUCGUUCGGGUCUCCAAAUUUCUGGAACGAUACAAGUCAAGUCGUUUGGAAGUGAAGAGUUUGCUGAGAACGGUCAAGAAAAAGAUGAAACAAUGAGUUUCGUCAUCUUUAUCAGUUGCCUUGCUGGAUGUAUGAUUCCACACUUGGUGUUUUCCGCCAACCAGUCGACACAGCCAUCUGUGACUCCAUCGACUUGCGCAGCAAGUGGCGUACCUGGUGUCCCUGGGGUACCCGGGCUCAAUGGAAAAGAUGGGGCGAAGGGUGACCGCGGGCCUACGGGAGCCCCCGGUAAAACUGGAUCUCAGGGCCCCGAAGGGGCCAAAGGCGCUAAAGGAGAACAGAAUGUCCAGGCCCCUCAGAGAAACUGGAAACAAUGCGCGUGGAAGAGCCUUAAUGAUGGGAGAGACUAUGGGCUGAUAAAGGACUGUGUUUUUACCAAGCUUGCCUAUGAUACAGCCUUGAAAGUGGAGUACAACGGUGACUACAGAAUAGCUUACUGCCUGGAUUGCUGUAAGCGAUGGUACUUCACCUUUGAUGGUGCUGAGUGUAAAGGUCCCCUAGCCAUUGAUGGUCUUAUCCAUAUUUAUCGAAACAACGGCAAAACGGACACCAAUAUACACAAAACAACUUAUAUUGGAGGAUACUGCCAGGGAAUUUCUGCAGGAACCGUCCGAGUGGGAAUAAAUGUGGGGGACUGUGUGGGGAAGAAAUCCGGGUCUGAUGCCUAUACCGGGUAUAACUCCGUGACCCGGAUCAUGAUCGAGGAGGUGCCUCCACCCCAGAAAUAGCUGCAAAGAAACACAGAAAGCCCCAAACAGCCGCAGUUUGUUUGCUUAUCAUAAACAACAAGUUCGCUUGUAGUUUGAUGUAAAUUAGAUGCGGAAUAUCAGUAUAAUAAACAAAGGGAUUUAUAUCUAACAGCAAUUAAAAGGUUUUAAAGCA